AUGCUGGUGCUAUUCUUUUUGGUGUCGCUGGCCCACGCUUUUUAUGCUAAUUCAAAACACAUCUACGAGCUGACGCCCGACUCGUUUGACGACGUUGUCUACAAAACAAACCACACCUCUGUUGUCGAGUUCUAUGCUCCUUGGUGCGGAUACUGUCAGCAGUUCAAGAGCCAGUACAUUAAGGCAGCACAAGCCAGCUCUGACGUGGCACAGUAUGCUGCAGUCAACUGCGACUCGCCAGAAAACAAGCAGCUGUGCAACGAGUACAGAAUCGAGGGUUUCCCAACGGUCUUAGUGUUCAGACCGCCAAAAUGGACCGGUAAGAUCACCAGAAAAAACGGCCACAGCUCCGAGAUCUACCGUGGAGAGCGGGUCGCCAGCAAGCUCACGGAGUUCGUGAAAGGCCGUGUGAAGAACUACGUGAAGAGAGUCAAUGCUGGUAAGUUCGCCAGCUUCGUGGCACCCGAGGACAAACCGCGGGUUCUUCUGCUGACCAGCAAAACGUCAAUCUCGCCCAUGUUCAAGGCACUGGCCAUCGAUUUCCUCGGAUCGCUGGAGUUCGGUUAUCUGACAGUGACUGAUCAGAUCAGAUCAGAGGUUGAGAAACUGAUAGACCUCAAACAGUUACCGCAGAUCGUGGUGAUCGACCGCCAUGGCUCAUUCCACCGGUACGAAGGUCCCACUGAAAGAACGGCCAUCGCGAAAUUCCUGGGCAACUAUGGAGUCGCAGAGGAUGGGGAGACCAGUACACGGGGAGCUUUCUUGAGAGGCCUGAAGAAGGGUCUAUACAAGAGUUUUCGGGAUUUCAAAAAAAGCAGGGCCGAGAAGUCCAAGAGCGCCAAAAAUGUCAAGGAUGAAUUAUGA